AUGCCUUCAGCUGCCAAAGAUGCCUUCAAAGCUUUCGACAAAAAAAACGAAGACCAAAUUAAGGUUGGUGACAUCGAGUCAGCCAUGAAGAGGUUGGGACACAACAUCAAACCUGAUUGGCUGGAAAAAAUCGAACACACCAUCGAUUCGGAAGGAACCGGCUACAUCCAAUUCGAAGAAUUCUGUAACAUCGUCCUGAAGAAAAUGAGAGAUGAUGAAGACGAGAGAGAGUUGAGGGAGAUGUUCAAGUCACUGGACAAGGAAAAGAGAGGGGAGGUCAACACGAACGAAUUAAGAUGGAUCUUGAAGAACCUCGGAGACGACUUAACAGAAGCCGACAUUGACGACAUGAUUGCCGAUGUCGACACAGACGGCAGUGGAUGGGUCGACUAUAACGAAUUCGCGAAGCUAAUGACAUCGGAUGACUGA